GCGUGCCCAAGAUGGCGGCCUCCAUGUGCGACGUGUUCUCCUUCUGCGUGGGCGUGGCGGGUUCGGCCCGGAUUGCAGUGGAAGUUCGCUUCGUGAGCAGCGCCAAGGGAAAAGGACUGUUUGCUACACAACUGAUCCGGAAGGGAGAGACUAUAUUUGUAGAAAGGCCCCUAGUGGCUGCACAGUUUCUCUGGAAUGCACUUUAUCGCUACCGAGCCUGUGACCACUGCCUCCGGGCUCUGGAAAAGGCAGAGGAGAAUGCCCAGAGGCUGACUGGGAAACCAGGCCAGGUUCUCCCUCACCCAGAGCUAUGCACUGUGCGCAAGGACCUCCACCAGAACUGUCCCCACUGCCAGGUGAUGUACUGCAGUGCAGAAUGUCAGCUGGCAGCUGCGGAGCAGUACCACCGGGUCCUGUGCCCAGGCCCCUCUCAGGAUGACCCCCUGCAUCCUCUCAAUAAGCUGCAGGAGGCAUGGAGGAGUAUUCACUACCCACCUGAGACUGCAAGCAUCAUGCUGAUGGCCCGAAUGGUGGCCACAGUGAAGCAGGCCAAGGAUAAGGACCGGUGGAUCAGGCUCUUCUCCCAGUUCUGUAACAAAACAGCCAAUGAAGAAGAAGAAAUUGUCCACAAACUCCUGGGGGACAAAUUCAAGGGCCAACUAGAACUUCUGCGGAGACUCUUCACAGAGGCCCUCUAUGAAGAAGCACUCAGCCAGUGGUUCACUCCGGAUGGAUUCAGGUCUCUGUUUGCUCUUGUUGGGACCAAUGGUCAAGGAAUUGGGACCAGCUCCCUCAGCCAGUGGGUCCAUGCCUGUGAUGCUCUAGAACUGAAGCCUCAGGACCGUGAGCAGCUGGACGCCUUCAUUGACCAGCUAUACAAGGACAUCGAGGCAGCUACUGGCGAGUUCCUUAACUGUGAAGGGUCUGGCCUCUUUGUGCUUCAGAGCUGCUGCAACCACAGCUGUGUCCCCAAUGCAGAGACGUCCUUCCCCGAAAACAACUUCCUUUUGCAUGUCACCGCCCUGGAGGAUAUUAGCCCAGGAGAGGAAAUCUGUAUCAGCUACUUAGACUGCUGUCAGCGGGAGCGCAGCCGCCACAGCCGCCAUAAGAUCCUCAGGGAGAACUAUCUGUUUGUCUGUUCCUGCCCCAAAUGCCUGGCAGAGGCUGAUGAACCCAAUGUGACCUCAGAGGAGGAAGAAGAGGAGGAGGAUGAAGGAGAGCCAGAAGACGCAGAGCUAGGGGAUGAGAUGACUGAUGUGUGAUGGUCCCCUCCCUGCAAGGGGCCCUGCCCCAGAUCCUGCUGGAAAAGGGGGCCCUUACCCCCAGAGAAGAGGCUUGGAAGGAACGCCCCACUCCCAUUGCCUGCUUUCCCUGCUCCAGCACUCUGCCAGAGCAUAAGAUGAGGGCUGCAUCCGAGGCCCCGCACCCCACACAGACCUCAUGCCCUGAGCACUGCUGCUGAGUUGGCUCAGGCUCUGCCAUCACCGAGCCUUCCAGAACUGGCCUCCCCUGAGUUUACUCCACUGUAGGUGUGAGCGGCUGGAACCAGCGUCUGGGCCUAACCGUGUUUCUUAUUCCACACUCACCUGUCCACCGGAGGCUUCUCCCCUCUCAGCUGAUAAUUGGCUUAUCUUGAGGGGGGUAACAGAGUGUCAUAUCUCACACCACACCAGUCUCAUUGAAGUGGAAAUGGAAGGUGUGGCACUUCAGCUUCCCUACCUCACACCUGCCACAGCUAUAGCUCACAGGGUGACAGCCUGCUCAUGAGCCAGAGGGUAGAGGCAGGAAGACUGGUCUGAGCCUCCAGAGCACCUUCCCUAAGGCUGGCUGCCAGGGAACACUAGACCAGGGGGAUUUCCCCUCUUUCCCCCCAUUCCCACUGUUAGGGAAGUGGAGCUUAACCCCUUCCCUAGACUCCAGAAUCUCUGUACCUUGUGCCUUGUCUCCCAGGCCCUGGCACAGCGGCUGGCCCCACGGGGUGUGGAAGAGGCCUCUGCCUUCCGGCGGGGGGGUGCCCUUUUUUACACCUUUUUCCCACUGAGGGUUCGAGCAGUCUGGCUGAGACCUGUGGGAGGGCAGGCCUGUGCUCCUUAGUUUAGGAUGCUCGAUUCUUCCUGGGGCCUGUUAAAAUGGACCAGUGAAGGGCUCUCCUGGCCUUGGCCUUCAUCUUUAGAGUUUCCCCGGGGGAACACUGAAGUCUUCAGAAACCUAAAGAAGCUGGGCUAGAUACUUGGUGAUUAGCCGUCACUGUCCCUUCCUUGCCCCAGAUGAGCAUCUCUUUCACUCCUGGGUUGGGUGCUGUGGGCAUUAUAAGCAUCACCCCCAGUUCCUUCCUGCCUACCUUCCCUGAGGGGCGUGCCACAUCAUCUUUCUGAGCAAUCCCAGGGAAGACAGGUGCCACCCUUCAGGCCCUUCCCUGGCCAUGGAGCAAGGUGGGACCUGCCCAUCUGGCUCCCUCACUUGCUGGGUUUUUGCUCCUUUACAGCAGUCAGCACCCUCUCCUGCCCCACCUGCCCACUUCCUCAAUAAAACAUGAGUGGCAACA